AUGGCUACCCUCUUCCUAGUAGCACGGUUAAUGGGGGGGCUCAUGACAAAAUUCCAGCGAUAUGCAGAUAUGUUUGAGAGAUGGGGUGGAUAUGAUGAUGAUGAUGAUGAUGAUGAUGAUAAUGAUGCAGGAAAGCAAGCUACUGGCCAGGUGGAGAGUAGGGAGAGCUCUGCCUUAUUACUGGAAUGUGCGGAAUGA